AUGCUUCUCACACAAACCUCUAUCGUGGAUUACGAGGAACUGUGUAAACUGGACGUUCUUGGUUUAGCAGAUACCCCUACAGGCGAUCAGAGUGUAGUGUACGAAGAGUUCAGGGAGCAGCUGCGUAGGAGCGAAGAAGGAUGGUAUGAAACUGGUCUCCCGUGGAAGGGAAAUCAUCCUCCCUUGCCAAACAAUAAAGAACGAAGUCUGCGCAGACUGGCUUGUCUGGUACGGAAGCUAGAGAAGACGAAGUCCAUCGGCGACUACAAUGCCAUAAUUCAAGAGCAGUUGGCCGAUGGAAUAGUGGAGCGCGCCCCAAACACCGUCCAAGGUCGGGAAUUCUAUAUUCCCCACAAGGGAGUGGUGCGUGAAACCGCUGAAAGCACCAAAUUGAGGAUAGUGUAUGACGCCUCCGCAAGGGCCUGGGACAGUGCGCCAUCUCUAAAUGAAUGUCUGAACACCGGUCCACCGUUACAAAACAAGCUAUGGAGUGUGUUGGUUCGAGGGCGGUUCAAUCCAGUUGCCAUCACUGGUGAUAUCAAGAAAGCCUUUCUACAAGUCAGAAUCCGACCAGAAGAAAGAGACGCCCUCAGGUUCCACUGGCUGAAGAACGUGGAGUCCAAGGAAGUAGAGACACUCCGCUUCACAAGAGCACUGUUCGGUUUGGGUCCCUCACCCUUCCUCCUAGCAGGAGUUAUUGAGCAACAUUUGGAUGCCUGGAGCCACAAGCAACCUAAAAUUGUGCGCGAGAUCAAGAAGAGUUUGUAUGUGGAUGAUCUAAUAAGCGGAGGAUCAACAACUUCCAAGGCAAGAGAAAUGAAAAUUGCAGCCACGGAGAUCUUUGCUGACGCCGCCUUCGAGCUUCAUAAAUGGCAUUCAAACGUUCCUGAGUUAGCCCCUAUCGAAACCGAUCAGAGUGCAGACCAGACCUUCGCCAAACAGCAACUGGGGAUAUCGUCAGGGGAGAAAGUUCACUGCUUGGCCUGA